UAAGGGACGACAGUCUUGACUACUUACAUAAGUAAAGCGUUUUUGGUAUCGCGUGCGCGCCGCCGCGUAUGCGCGUCACUGCAUCCACUGAUUCCACGCCGUCACCUCCUUCUGCAACACCAUGUCAACAAGCAAGACUGCUCUCAUUCUCGGUGCAACAGGCGCAACCGGCAGAAAUCUCCUUCGCGAGCUUCUCACAAGCGACCAAUGGUCUAAAGUUGGCGAAUAUGGUCGACGAGAUGGACGGUGGGAUGUCGUGUUCGUAACCCUUGGGACGACUCGCGCGAAGGCUGGGAGCGCAGAGAUGUUUGAGAAGAUCGACAGAGAGCUACGAAAAUCAGAUGAUCCGACACAUCAACAGCGGCUCGUGUAUCCUCUCUUGCGCAAACAUCACUAUGUCCUACCCUUUCUCAAAUCCCUCCCUGACUUUCUUUCCUUCAGAUCAAAAGGUCUCACCGAACUAGGCUUAGCACGCCUUGGGUAUGCGGACACUAUCGUCUUCCGCCCAGGUUUCCUCAAAGGAGCAGAGCGCGAAGAUAAAAGGCUCGCAGAGACCAUCUUUGGUUACGUGACCGGCGCCGCAUCGUAUUUUACGUCCAACGUGGAGAUUCAGGUUAGCGUUCUCGCUAAAGGUAUUAUGAAAGCAGGCAUUUGGGGUUCAUCUGGCCUACCCGCCACCGUGGGUGCCACUAAAGCAGGACAGGAAGGAGCGUGGUCUACUCUGAUAGGGAACAAGGGUGCGAUUAUUCUGGGGGAGGAGAAGUGAUUCA